GAAGAAAGAAUGGGUCUCAAACAAUGGAGUUACGAGCAAAUGAAAGGAGCGUUCUCUUCUACCUUAUAUCUAUCUCUUUCCUUCUUUAUCAGCGUUCUGAUAUUGUUUAAGCUGAUAAGAAGAACCAAAUCCAAAACCAAACUGAAUCUGCCUCCGUCUCCACCAAAACUACCCAUCAUAGGCAAUCUUCAUCAGUUUGGUGCACUCCCACAUCGCUCCCUCAGAGAUCUCUCUCUCAAGUAUGGUGAUAUGAUGAUGAUGCAGUUGGGGAGGCAGACUCCAUCUCUCGUGGUUUCAUCCGCAGAUGUGGUCAGGGAAAUUACGAAAACUCAUGACAUAGCUUUUUCGGACCGAGCCCACACCACUGCUGCGAAACUCUGUCUGUAUGAUUGCACAGACAUUGGGUUUGCACUCUAUGGAGAAAACUGGAGAGAGAAAAAAAAAGUAUGCGUUCAACGCUUUUUAAGCACCAAAGUGGUGGAAUCCUUUCGUCUCAUCAGAGUAGAAGAAGUUGCGGAGUUGGUGAAUCAGCUACGUGAAGCAAGCUCAGCUGAUGUGCGCUCCGUGAAUCUAAGGGAGUUGCUUUUGUCAACCCCCAUGAAAAUCGUGUACAAGUGUAUUUUCGGACGGAACUAUUCGGAACAUAAUUACAACAAGGUGAAGGACUCGAUAAGGAAAGUCUUAGUUCAUCUUGCGGCUUUCACUGUGAGGGAUCACUUUCCUUUGUUGGGUUGGAUUGAUGUUCUCACGGGAAAGAUUCGAGCAUGCAAGACCACUUUUGAAGAGUUGGAUGCUGCAUUGGAUGAAGCCAUAGCAGAGCAAAUCACAGCCAAGACCAACUCCAAAGAAAAAGACUUUGUGGAUAUCCUCCUCCAACUUCAAGAGGAUAAUACGUUGAACAUUGAGUUCACCAAAAAUGAUAUCAAAGGAAUUAUAACGGACUUUCUUUUGGGAGGUACUGAUGCGGUCGCAUCGGCAAUAGAAUGGGUUAUUUUAGAGCUUGUAAGAAAUCCGAUGACAAUGAAAAAGGUACAAGAAGAAGUGAGAAGAGUUGUAGGCCAUAAAUCAAAUGUGGAAGAAAAUGAUAUUAAUGAAAUGCACUUUCUAAAAUGUGUAGUCAAAGAAACUUUAAGGUUACAUCCACCUGUUCCUCUUUUGGCUCCUAGAGGAACAAGGUCUAGUGUGAAACUAAAUGGAUAUGAUAUUCCAGCAAAAACAAAUGUAAUUAUCAAUGCAUGGGCAAUUCAAAGAGAUCCUAAAUUUUGGAAAAGUCCAGAAGAGUUCAUGCCAGAGAGAUUUGAAAAGAGUCAAGUUGAUUUUAAAGGUCAAGAAUCCUUUCAGUUAAUUCCAUUUGGUUUUGGGAGAAGAGGAUGUCCUGGAAUGAAUUUUGCACUUGCUGCUACUGAGUAUGUGCUUGCUAGCCUUCUUUAUUGGUUUGAUUGGACGUUGCCUGCAGAUUCUAAUGCACUAAAUAUAGAUAUGACUGAGAUAUUCGCAUUUGUUGUCUCAACGAAAGUGCCACUGAACGUUAAACCAAAAUCCUUUACAUUUUAAGCUAAGUUCUAAAUGUUUUCGUUGUUAAAGCCAUUAUUACUGUGAUUUAUAUAUCUUUACUUUGUGUGAUGUUAUUUAUGUUAGAGUUGGUUCUCGUGGCUAUUUAUAUGUAUAGCCAUUUUUAUGUGUUGGCAUUUGAUUGCUUAUAUAUAUAAAUAAUGGUAUUUUAGUUGUUAUACUA